AUGGAAAUUAGUUCUACUUGCGCUGGAGUUCUUAUGAUUGUCGUAGAUUUCAUUGGUCUUGUUCCACUGCUAUUGGUAGUUCUUCAAAUUCUCUACUAUCGUCGAAGAUUCACACCGUUUCGAUGUUUGAUACUAUCAAAGCUCAUGGCUGAUGGACUAGAGCUGUUUAUUGUUAUGAUGGUACUGGUUCCGUCCGAAUUGAUAUUUGGUGAGUGGGUUCCGCAACGUUAUCGACCUGCAGUUGGCUAUUUUGCCAUAGGACUGCAAUAUUCAAGUUUCCAAACCUCGAUUGCAAUGACGGCCAAUCGUUUGCUUGUUGUCUUAUAUCCUCUAAAAUAUAACGCCACAAUCAAUUCCGCUCUCUAUUUAUCAAUGCUUGGGUUAUUUUGCAUCGCCGACUAUUUGGAUGAUGAUACUAUCAAGUUCUUUUUAACAGUGAUAGGUUGGCAACUAUGGCUCGGUGCGACACCAUAUUGUAUUAUCGCGCUUCAAAAGGAGUUCCAACAACCUAUCCGGAAGUUAUGGAGAAAAAUAGCUCGACGUUCAGAAAUAUCUGGUUUUCAAUUAACAACGGAAGUUAUUUCGAAGUUCCCGACGAGGCAUCAUUGA